AAGAUACCACCCAGUUUGGUUUGUUAACAUCAACUUUUUUUCCAAAGAAAGUAAACCUCUGCAUUGCGGGAUGGCAAGUGUGCUUCUUGUACAAGGUGAUUUCAUGAUGAUGAUGAUGUUGCUAAUGCUUAUUCUCAUCAAAAAUGGGAGCGGUGAGGACGAGUGCAGGGAAUUGUCUUGUGGACCUAACGAACCGCUUAUUAGAUUUCCCUUCAAACUCGUGAAGGGGACGCACGAUGAAUGUGGCGAUCAACAUCUUUGUCUAUAUUGCAAUCAAAAAAAUGAGACCAUGCUUGUGCUACCCUCAACAAAACUCCUUGUCAGUUAUAUAAACUACGAAGAUCACGUAAUUGGGAUGACUGACCCCGAAAAUUGCCUUCCUAAGAAGUUUCUGCAAAUCAACAAUUUUGUUAUUCAUCAUAACCAACUGGAAUUAACAUAUGAUGGACUGCUAGGAGGAGGCAACUUAUUGAGCUUCUUCAACUGUUCUUCCAUUGGGUAUCGACACCUCAGAAACUACAUGCAGUCAUAUUCACAAGAUAUGAUCUCUUGUCCGAUUUUCGUUUCUAGUUCAAAAGACAGUAUCCUCGAAUUGGAUCUAACAUCAUGUACCAAGAUGUUCGACUUCAUUGCGCCAAUCGACGCAUACUACCUGGAGAUAAAUUUUGUCAAAUUAAGAUGGUCCCAAAAAAAUUGUAUUGAGUGCGAAGCAAAAGGCAAGAGAUGUAAAUGGAAGAACAACACUGAAGGAGACAUAGAAUGUUUUGACUGCAAACGGAAAAGAAUCCACGUUCCCAAAUCAUCUAUUUUCGCUACUACAGGUUCGAUUCUUUUGGGGCUGGUGGCCAUUGCCCUCUUUAAGAUCUUCCUCUAUUUUAGAAAGAAAGAAGAAGACCAAGCAAGAGUGGACAAGUUCUUAGAGGAUUACAGGGCAGAGAACCCUACAAGAUUUACCUACGCUGAUCUGAAAAGAAUCACCGGUGGUUUUAAGGAAAAGUUAGGAGAAGGAGCUCAUGGGGCUGUAUUCAAAGGAAAACUUUCAAAUGAGAUUCUGGUGGCUGUGAAGGUCCUCGAUAAUACUGAGAAAGAAGGGAAUGAGUUCAUCAAUGAAGUGGCAAUUAUGGGAAAAAUCCACCACAUCAACGUGGUUCGUUUGCUUGGCUUCUGUGCAGAAGGGACCUAUCAUGCUCUUGUCUACAAUUUUUUUCCAAAUGGUUCCCUUCAAAGCUUCAUUUUUCCACCAGAUGACGAGGAACAUUUCCUUGGCUGGGAGAAGCUGCAACACAUUGCUCAUGGUAUUGCUAAAGGGAUUGAGUAUCUUCAUCAAGGUUGUAACCAUCCCAUUAUUCACUUUGACAUCAAUCCGCACAAUGUGUUACUUGAUGACAACUUUAAUCCAAAAAUUUCUGAUUUUGGCUUAGCCAAAUUGUGUUCCAAGAAUCCUAGUUUGGUGUCCAUGACAGCUGCUAGGGGAACUUUGGGGUACAUUGCACCUGAAGUUUUCUCUAGGAACUUUGGGAAUGUGUCUUAUAAGUCUGAUAUUUAUAGUUAUGGAAUGUUGUUGUUAGAAAUGGUUGGAGGAAGGAAAAAUGUAGACAUGUCUUCAGCACAUGUUUUGUAUCCUGAUUGGAUCCAUAACCUAGUUGAUGGGGAUGUACAUAUCCAUGUUGAGGAUGAAGGUGAUGUUAAAAUUGCAAAGCAACUAGCAAUUGUUGGACUUUGGUGCAUUCAGUGGCAGCCAGUGAACCGUCCAUCCAUAAAAGCUGUCCUACAAAUGCUAGAAACAAGAGAGGAAGAGUCCUUAAUUGUGCCUCCUAAUCCAUUUCAGUCACCGACUUCCACUACUACUAGUGGACUCACUUCAACAAGACGUCCUUUGGAGUUAGAAGUGAUUCAAGAAUGAAGGACUAAAAACGUAUAGAUAUGUGUUUUAGUGGCUCAUUUAGAUUGGGUGAAAAAUAAUGUUUUUAAUUUGUAGAAUAAUAGUAGAUGU